CUCUGACGGACCCGUGUUGAAUUAUACAUAUAGAACUUAGAAAAAUCUCCUUUAAUAACUCAAGACUUAUGGUUUGACCCAGCAAAAGUCUGAAUAGUCGGCUUGUUUUUGUGAUGAAGUGAAAGAGAUCGCUAUAUUUCUUUAUUCGACUUUUAUCCCUUCUGAGUUCCACUCCUCAACUAUCAUUCACACUUUUGAAGUUCAAACCCCCUUUGUCCACAUAGCUAAACGCAGUGGCAAUGGGACAUGCGUUGCCUGUCAAUUGUAAUUGAGAUCAUCAUGAAACUUAAGACACAGUUUCAUGCUCUCUACUUCUUCUUCAUCGCUCAACUCUUCCUCAAGUUAUCCAUUGCAGUAGAUAGCAUAUCUCCAAAUCAAACCCUCCUAGAUAACGGCACAACGCUUGUUUCUCGUAACGGAACAUUCGAGUUGGGUUUCUUUAGUCCAUGGAGUUCCAACAACCGAUACUUGGGAAUAUGGUUCAAGAAAGUGCCGGAACAAACCGUGGUCUGGGUGGCCAACAAGGAUGACCCAGUAGUAGAUUUGUCCGGGACCCUCGCAAUUACUCCAUCUGGAAACAUUAUCAUCACAAGAAACCAAUCAAAUAUCGUCUGGACUGCAAAUUCACCGUCAACAACUGUGAGUAGUCCAAUCUUGAAACUUCUCGACAAUGGAAACCUCGUCCUGACGAACAGUACGGCAAUUGAUGACGAUCCGGACAGUUAUGUUUGGCAAAGUUUUGAUUAUCCGUCUGAUACGCUAAUUCCUGGCAUGAAAAUUGGCUGGAAUCUCAGAACCAAUCAAGAAUGGUAUUUGACAUCAUGGAGAAGUAUUCAAGAUCCUUUACGAGGGGACUUUACAUACAGGAUGGCCCCGGGGGCGCUGCCUUCAAUAAUUCUCCGCCAAGGAUCAGUUAUUCUGUUCAGAAGUGGGCCUUGGGACGGCGUUCGAUUUGGUGGCGCUCCUGUUCUGCAACAAAAUCCAGUUUUCAAUCCAAUUUUUGUUUACGAUUCUGAAAACGUGUAUUAUGCAUUCGAAAACACUGACGACUCUAUCAUAUCAAGAUUUGUGAUAAACCAGUCAGGGCUCCUGAAGCAUCUUAUGUGGAGCGAGACGCGUAACCAGUGGAUUGACAUAGCUAAAAUGCAAUCAGACGAGUGUGAUGAUUAUGCAAUGUGUGGGAAUUUUGGUGUUUGCAACAUCUAUGGAUCGCCAAGGUGCGCUUGCUUGACUGGGUUCACACCUCGACUGAGACAGGAUUGGGCGCGGUUUGAUUGGACAGGCGGAUGUACCCGGAGGACACCAUUAAACUGUAGCAAGCCGACGGGAUUCAGGAAGUUUUCCGGGCUGAAACUGCCGGACCCGUCGAGUGGUCUGGUGAAUAGGAGUGCAAGGAGCCUAGAGGAAUGCGAGAAGGCCUGUUUGGACAAUUGUUCGUGUGUGGCCUAUGCCAAGACACAAUUGAGUGGGUGUAUAUGCUGGUUUGGGAAUUUGGUUGAUGUCAGAAUCUAUGCUUUAGGUGGACAGGACUUGUUUGUUCGGAUGCCUGUGUCUGAACUUGAAUCAAGCAACAGUUCCAAGAAAGCAGCUGUGAUCGCAUCAGUAUCUGUGGCUUCAUUCCUACUGUUAUUGGCCCUAAUCAUUUGGUUGCUUAUCCGCAGAAGGAGGUCGAAGAACAAAACUGCCUUGGAAGAUCAGCAACACGAUAAUCCAAGCCAAGAUAAUAGUGAAGGCAUAGGAGAUGAAGACCUGGAUUUACCUUUAUUUGAUUUUGCCACAAUUGCAGCUGCCACUGAUGAAUUUUCACUUGCAAACAAAAUUGGGGAAGGUGGUUUUGGUCCAGUUUACAAGGGUGCCCUCCCAUCUGGCAAAGAGAUAGCAGUGAAAAGACUCUCCAGGGAUUCUGGACAAGGCCUCAAAGAGUUCAAGAAUGAAGUCAUUUUGAUUGCUAAACUGCAGCACAGGAAUCUUGUAAGGCUACUGGGAUGUUGCAUUCAUGGAGACGACAGAAUGUUGGUCUAUGAGUACAUGCCCAACAAAAGUUUGGACCUGUUCAUUUUCAAUCAAACAACAGAUACAACUCUAGACUGGCAGACGCGCAUUGACAUUAUCGUGGGAAUUGCCCGUGGACUUCUCUACCUUCACCGCGAUUCAAGAUUAAGAAUAAUUCAUAGGGAUCUGAAAGCAAGCAACAUUCUUCUAGAUAAUGAGAUGAAUCCUAAAAUAUCAGACUUUGGGUUAGCAAGAACGUUUGGAGGUGAUCAAUAUCAACAAAAUACAAAGAGAGUCAUGGGCACCUAUGGCUACAUGGCCCCUGAAUAUGCAGUAGAUGGAUUAUUUUCAGUGAAAUCUGAUGUGUUUAGCUUCGGGGUACUAGUGUUGGAGAUAUUGAGCGGCAAGAAGAAUAGAGGAUUCUAUCAUCCUGAUCAUGACCUCAAUCUCUUAGGACAUGCCUGGAAAUUAUGGACGGAAGGAAACCCGAUGUAUCUUUUGGAUGCAUCAAUGGUGGUGCCAAGCGCAACAUCUGAAGUUUUACGGUUUAUCCAGGUCGGCCUGUUAUGUGUGCAGCAACGCCCUGAAGACAGGCCUACAAUGCCCAACGUUUUGCUAAUGUUGGACAGUGAACAUCCAGUGAUUGCUCAACCUAAACAACCUGGAUUUUACCUAGAACGAACUAUAGUCGACAGUGAAUCCUCGUCAACAGGGAAAAAGCCUCAAACUUCGAAUGAAAUAACUAUGACACUGCUCCAAGGUCGAUAGAGCGCAUUCAUUUUUCACAUUUUUUUUUCCAUGCAAACAAAUAAGAAUAUCACAUAGGUUUGAUACUGCAAAUGUCUUAGAAGGACCUGUAUACUAAACUGUGCAAAUGUUAGGAAAGAGACAAAUUA